AUGGAAGCUGCUAUGAUCAAUCCAGAUUGCUCGAGUUUUCUCAUGGCUAUCAAAACUUGCUCUAGUCUGGCUGCGCGAGAGGAGAUUGAUGCGUCGUUGGCUGUGAAGAUCAAGAGCUUGAAACGAGCUUUGGCGAUUCACUCUCAUGCAUCAAACUCUCGCGGCUUCAAGUUGGAGGCGUCGUUUGCCAUACACUUGGCAAACGCGAUGGUGGACUUGUAUGGCAAGUGUGAAAGUCUAGAAGAUGCUCGCAGGGUGUUUGAUUCGAUGGAGCAGCACGACAUCGUUUCCUGGACAUCGAUCAUCACAGGCUAUGCUCACGAGAGCCAAGAUGGAGACGAAGCUUUCCUUCUCUUCUCUUCCAUGCAAGAACAAGGAUUUAAACCCGAUCGUUUAGCUUGUCUCGCCGCUAUCAAGGCUUGUAGCGACGAGCUUGCGUUGGAAUGCUAUGCAGCCCUGGAAGUUGCUCCAAACUCUCAAACCUUUCUUGCGUUGUUGCAAGUUUGCAGGAACCUGGGAGAUUUGAAGCUCGGGAAGCUCUUCCACGCACAGAUUCUCCGGCAGGGACUGGAAGGGAGUUCUGUGGGGAUUUCCCUGCUUGUGUUGCGGACCACAUAG